AUGCCCGUGGCCGAGCCGGUGGCAGGCCGAGGCGGAAAAGAGCAUGCCAUCGGCAGGGAGCAGCGAUACGAUACAACGGACGACAAGCAGCUGCUGUCAGCCCGGAGCUCCAUCUGCACUGCACCAGCGCGGGCGCACCCACGACCGGAUAAUCGCGAUGAAGAGAAACCGAUCCAUCGACUUACACGGCCGCAGGUGAGCACCUCACCUCAGUGCUUCCCCCUCCCACAGCGGGGUACAGCCCAUACAGCGCCUGGAGCUGCCCGCCGUGGCGCGCUGUCAGCUGUCCGCGCCCGCCCUGUGGCGUGA